AACAGCAGGACGGAAUCGUUUUUUUUUUUUUUCCCUUAAAUUUCAGCCUGGAUUCGACUUCCCUUUUUCUGUUUUCCAACGUUCUGAUUUUCGAUUAGGGUUUAAUUUGAGCUCUGUUUUUGGGGAAUGCAGUUUUUGAGAGGAGAUUUUGAGUGAUUAGGGGUUUUUUUGGGAGCAGCUAUGUUUUGUGUAAUGCGUUUUUAGAAAGGAAGGGGAGAUUUGAACUGUCAAUACCAGCGUUGGGGUUUUGGGAUUUUUGAGAAUUUGGGGGGAUUUAUUUUUGUUUUUUGAAAGAUGAUGUUAUCGGCAUCACCUACGUCCUUAGCUAAGAGCUCGCUGGAGGAGAUGCUGGAGUCGCUGAGACGGCGGGAUGAGAGUGAAAAGCCCAAGGACCUGCCACCGGCACCGCCAGGUCGGAUAACUUCCAAGGCUCGGCUACCCUCGUGUCGCAGUGAAGUAAAGGCUCGGGAGGGAGGCAAGAGGAAGGAGGAGCAGUUCCGAGUGAGGAGAAAUAGCUUUGGAAGCAAGAAGAUGAGGAAAGAGCUAAAUCUAGAUUCACCAUAUGGUGGUGAGGCAGCGGAGGGAAAGAAUGGUGUGGGAAUGGAGGUGGCAGAUGAUCGUGGUACAGAGGAGAAUUUAUUCAAAAUUGCAGUAAAGAAGGGCGGGGAGCUAGAAUGGGAUGUUAAUGAUAACACUGGGUAUUGCAUCAAGAAGAAACUUAAGAGUUUCGUGUCGGCUCCCAAAUGGUCAGUGGGAUUCUGGAACGAUAAAAUCUACUUCUGGGGAGGAAUCAUAUGUCUCCCUCGCAAAUGGAAAUGUUAUUAGAGUUUCUACAGGAGAUCUCUUUCCUGCAAAUCCAGAAAUUCUUGAGGGAGCGGAUGAUUUAAUUCAAAUUAGUUAUUUGAAUGAAUCAACAGUCCUUCACAAUCUUAAGUACAGAUAUACCCAGGAUAUGAUUUAUGUAAGCAUGAUAUUCACUUGUGUAUACCCUUAGGCUUCUUGCUAGGACCAUGGACUUCACUCCAUCAUGUACCAGUUCAUGUUUUUCUUUCUAUAGAGGAAAGCAUGUCCAGUUUUGAUUGCCCUCAAUCCCUUCAAACAUGUCCAGCUUUAUGGGAAUGAUUUUGUCACAGCUUAUAGGCAGAAAGCUGAUGAUAGCCCUCAUGUUUAUGCUUUAGCAGAUACUGCUUACAGUGAAAUGAUGAAAGACAGAGUAAAUUGAUCAAUAAUCAUAAGUGGGGAAAGUGGAGCUGGGAAAACUGAGACAGCAAAAUUAACAAUGCAGUACUUGGCUGCAGUUAGUGGUGGUAGUCGUGGGAUAGAGAGUGAAAUUCUUCAGACUAAUUAUAUACUUGAAGUAUUUGGGAAUGCUAAAACAUCUAGGAAUGACAACUCUAGCCGAUUUUGCUGACUUGGACACUUGGUUUAUACUUUGUACAUUAAAUGUUAGUUCACCAUUGAAGCCUCUGGAUAGUCCUGCUAGAAAAGUCAAGAGUGAUUCAGUUGUAUACCAGUGAAAGGUCAUACCAUGUCUUUUAUCAACUCUGUGCCAGUGCUCCAGCAUCUCGUAAAAGAAAUUGAAUCUUAUAACGGCAAAGGAAUACAUAUAUCUGAACCAGAGUGACUACCUGGUGAUUAAUGAAGUGGAUGAUGCUAAGAAAUUUAAUAAGCUUAUGGUAAUUCGGUUGUUAUGUGAUAUGUAUAUCAUUAAUGGAGUAGCCCCUUUUUAAGUUUAUUUCUUUGUCUCCUAGGCCAUAUAGGGAAAUGGUUAACGGAUUGCUGGUUUGAUGAUAUAAUAUUAGACUUACCGAUGGUGAUUCGAAAUGAAUAUUCUGAUCUUUC